UUGAUUUUUAUUCCACAACAGAUAAGAGCAAAGCGUCUCCUUCCGCACGCAUGGACCCAGAAAGUGACACCACCGCCACCGCGCCUGCCGGAAAGGUACCUCAAUUGCCGUUGCCUCAUCAAUUGGAUCAUCAAUGGGGCCUUUGGGGAUGGGAGCUUCUUCAGAAGCUUCGAUCACGAGCCCCGUUAGUCCAGUGCAUAACAAACUUCGUUUCAAUGGAUCUGAUGGCCAACGUCCUUCUCGCCGCCGGUGCGUGUCCGGCGAUGAUCUGGUCGCUGAGGGAGAUCUCCGAUUUUACUCCUGGCGUCGGUGCUCUCUGCAUCAACGUUGGAACCCUCUCCGAAGACGGGCUUUCCUCAAUGAGGGCCGCCGCUGCCGUCGCAGCGGAGGCGGCCGGCCGGCCAUGGGUUCUCGACCCUGCUGCCGUAUCUGCGUCUGAUUUUCGGAUGGAAGGGUGUAUCGGCCUUCUGGAGCUUCGGCCGGCGGUGAUUAGGGGUAAUGCAUCGGAGAUUCUAGCGCUGGCUUCCGCGCGUAGGAUAAAGAAUAGCAAGGGAGCAGACAGCACGCAUAAAUCCUCUGAUGCUUUCGAAGCUGCAAAAUCUCUAUCUCAAUCCAGUGGUGCCAUUGUUGCAGUAUCAGGAGCUGUUGAUUUCAUAACAGACGGCCGUAUAGUAGUUGCCGUCCAGAAUGGUGUUGCUAUGCUGCAGAAGAUCACUGCAACCGGCUGCGCCGUCACAGCCCUUAUUGCCGCCUUCAUUGCAAUUGAGCAAUCAAAUAUUUUAGAGGCAACGGCUUGUGCACUCUCCAUCUUUGGGGUUGCAGCCGAGUUAGGCAUGGAAAAGGCUACAGGACCAGCAUCUCUUAGAAUGCAUUUGAUAGAUUCUUUGCAUGGGCUUAAUGAGCAUUUGUUGGUCCCCAAAAUGUGCAUUAUGAGGGUUUAUUAACGGCUACUUUCUUUUAAAUUUGGCUUCCAAUGAGAGAGAUAUAACAAAGUUGCUGGCUUGAAUCGAAGCAAUAUUUUAUAUGUGAAAUUGUAUAUUUUAGAUUGACUCAA